AUGUCAAUUCAGCAAGAAGGUGUGUUAGGGAUAACAUCUAGUAUUGGCUAUGUAGGCUCACAUACAGGACCUUUUUUUCCAGAUGCUAUCAUUCAUAUGCGAAUCACCAACGACGAGAAAGCUCUUCGGCGGGUAACAAAGAAGUUCCAUAACUACGCCUCAGUGGCGAACACUACCGCGGCACCAUUCUCACCGUCGACCACAUCACCCGUGGACGAUGCACGAGAAGCAUUCCUUGUCGAAUUGGCGUCAUUCCAUCUAUCGUUGAAGAAGAAUCUGAUGGUGUGCGAGGCCGAGGCGCGGCAAGUGCAAGAGUACCAGAGGGAGAGGGAACGUAUAGCUUCAGAACAUCACCUUCUGCAGGGUCAAAUAGAACACCUCAAGACCUCGCUCGAGUACGCCCAGUUAGAGCGGAAGCGCAAGAUUGAAUAUGACGCUAUUGCCGAGAAGAUCAACACACUCCCGAGUAGGGAUGAGCUUAACAGGUUGGUUUUAUAG